AUGAACCUAUCAGACACUCCACUGGGCCACAAUAGGUCCCUGGAUGUACAAGGCACACCACCAGAAGAAGGCCACUCCCUCUGGGAAGUGGUCUUGAUUGUUGUGACAACAGGCAUCCUCUCAUUGGUCACAGUCAUGGGGAACCUGCUGGUGAUCGUCUCCUUCAAGGUCAACCGAGAGCUGAAAACAGUCAACAACUACUUCCUGCUUAGCCUUGCUGGUGCCGACCUCAUUAUUGGGGCAAUCUCAAUGAACCUGUAUACCACGUACAUUGUCAUGGGACGGUGGGCAAUGGGUAGUGUGGCCUGUGACCUGUGGUUGGCCCUAGACUAUGUGGCCAGUAAUGCCUCUAUUAUGAACCUCCUGGUCAUCAGCUUCGACCGCUAUUUCUCCAUCACCCGUCCCCUCACCUACAGAGCCAAGCGAACGCCCAAGAGAGCAGCUAUUAUGAUAGGUCUGGCGUGGGCUAUCUCAUUUGUCCUGUGGGCACCUGCCAUCUUGUUUUGGCAGAAUGUGGUUGGAGAGCGAACAGUCCCUGAGAACGACUGCCACAUUCAGUUCCUCUCAGUGCCCAUAAUCACAUUCGGAACAGCCAUUGCUGCCUUCUAUCUCCCUGUCACCAUCAUGGUGGCCCUCUACUGGAGAAUCUACCAAGAGAUCCAAAAGAGAGCGAAGGAGAUCUCUGGAUUACAGGCCUCAGAGUUCAAGAAUAACCCACGAGCAACUUCCAAAACAACCCAAAAUGGUGGCAGUGGAAGCACUAGCAGCUCAGAACGGUCACAUCCUGCCGCCUCUCCAGCUGUGGCAAUCAUCCCCAUGAAGGCUUGCUGUUUCCCUGGACAGAAGGCCAAAGGCAUCUACUUAGAUCGGAGUAGCAAUGGUAGUUGGAACACCACAGAGGAGGAGGAGGCGGAGGAGGCCUCUGCCGAUUCCUUGACCUCAUCUGAAGGAGAGGAACAACCCUUCGAAGUCCACUCUAUCUGCUCAGUGGUAAUCCGGCUCCCUAUGAUCAGCGCCGUGAUGCAGCCGCCAAGGGAAAUAGAGUACCAAGAUCCCAAGGCAGCCGCCAAGAGGGACUGGGUUGGAGAAAAGGGCCUGGUAACGAUCCCCAAACAACCUCCAAAUGAGGACAAGAGACUCAAAAAAGCAAUGAUACCCCUGAGGGAUAAGACACAGGAAGAGGCCAAAAGGCAAAUCCCAAGGCGGAGAAGGAGGAGGAACCACCUCUCCAAGCGGAAGACCCUCUCGCUGGUGAAAGAGAGGAAGGCGGCCCGAACGCUCAGUGCUAUCUUGUUGGCCUUCAUCAUUACCUGGACACCCUACAACAUCAUGGUGCUCGUGUCAACUUUCUGCCAUAAAUGCAUCCCCCCAGCCCUGUGGAAAUUUGGGUACUGGCUCUGCUACGUCAACAGCACUGUCAACCCAAUGUGCUAUGCUCUGUGCAACAGGUCCUUCCGAACCACCUUCCGGAUGCUGCUGCAGUGUCACUGGAAUCGGCAUCAUUGGAGGAAGAUGCCCAAGAAGGUUCCCAAGAAGAUGCCCAUCUCCUGCGCUGUGUCAGGCUGCUGA